AUGUUACCAGAUACAGAGAAACGUUUACAGAAAAAAGGACGGACAGCAGACGCGUCACAAACAGAUUCGGAAGCUGUAAAUGAUCGCGGUGAUGGAGAUGCGUCAGACGUGGAACCACUGGAAUCAUAUGGAGAGGAAAACAUACCUUUGCAGCAAGCAGACAAUAACGCUGGUGAAGAUGCCCAGGCAGCUAAAAGCGCUCCAACAACAACUACUGAUUACGAGUCAGUUUUUCAAGCUGUUUUAAAGAAGUACUGUAGUGCAGAUGGCAAGGGCGAAGCAGGGACAGCAGCAGUACAGAAGCAGCCAGAUGACUUUGAUACACUACUCGUAUUUUCGCAAAAAUUGGAUGAGCAGGAGCCGGAGGAUGAAGCAGAAGAUAGUGUUAUGAGGAAGCAAGCUCACCCAGUUCAGCAUCAAAAUGAAGAGAGGGAGCUAUCAUCAAACACUCAGAGCAAUUCUUCUGACUCUGUGGCAGAGAAUGAGACGCCAUUGGGGACUUCUCCAGUACGGCCAAGCAAGCUGCAUACACAGGAUGUGUCUAGAAAACUUGAAUUGUCGCCAAAACCCCUAUUUUUCGACGAAAGUCCCAGAAAAGUGGCUGGUAACAGGAACGAACCUGUCAAGAAGAAUGUUGUUAAAAAGAAACUGAUCAAAUCUCUGGAGAAAACUACGGCUGCAGCGAAGAGCAAAAGUGCUAUAAAGGAAAAGGGAAAUCUAUUGCCGACGUCAAAAAAACUGCAUAAAACGGUCGAAAGAGCAGAGAAAUCGCUAGAGCGUGGAUCUACGGGGAGGACGGCUAAUUCUGCUAAAGGACACCACCGUAAACCGACUGAGAAACGCAAGUGCAAGAUAAAUAGAAGACGGCAGUUUCUCGACAGACAGAUGGUCAAACAGGGCACAUGGGUUCAGUGUGAUAACAGAGCUUGCCACAAGUGGAGAUACUUGGAGGGUGUAUGUGAUCCAUCAACACUACCUGCCAAAUGGAACUGCACUCUAAGCAAUGACACACGAUAUAAUGAUUGUGAUAAGCCAGAACAAGCGCAUGAAAAAGAUGAAGAGAAGUACUUUCAUACAAAAUUCGUAGAGGGAUCACUCGUGUGGGCCAAACUUGAUGGCUACCCAUGGUGGCCAGCAAUGGUCGAAGAGGAUCCAGAUAAUGAUACCUACUUUUGGAUGGAUUAUCCCUCAUUAAAGCCGACCUGGUACCACGUCGUGUUCUUAGAUGAGAAGAUAUCAAGGUCAUGGGUGACGGCAGUUCAUGUGAGGCACUUUACCGGUGCGGAAAAUGCUUGGGAUUUUGGAUCUACAAAGAUGCGAGGCAGGGAAUACCGACCUCAGAUACACGCCGCUAAGCUGAACGCAAUCAGCGCGCUUCGUCUGCCCUCGCUCACGGACAGGAUCGAGGAGUUUGGCCUUGCCGGCAGAUACGAGGGACACUGGCGGUGGCCCUCCGACACGGAGGAGGACAGUUGCUGCGAGGAGGGGGAGGAGGAGCAGAGUCCCUCUCGCAACGAGCCGCCGCUGCAGCUUCACGGUCGGCAAUCGCACGGUUCCUGUUCCUCAGGUGUAGAAAAGAAGAGGAAGAAGCCAACGUCCAACAAGCACAGAGAGAAGCCGAAAAGGACCGAAAUCAACGCGUUCGACUGCUCUGAUGACGAAAUGAGUCAGCUGCUGGACAAUGCCGAAGAGAUCCUUAGGAAUGUAGAAGACGUGCUCGAUUCCAUGGCCGAGAUGUCAGAGAACUCCGAAGCCAGCGCAGAUGAGAGCGAUUACUGUUCGGAGUGGGACCAUCCCUUGAAAAAACAGAAGAAAUCUCAUAAAGAAGAUACAGCCUCGGGCAACGAUGACCGUACAGACAAUCGCAAUGCUAAAAGGAAAGGAAAUCCUGUCAAGGAUGAUUCAGAGAAAGGAAAAGCUAGAAAAGAGAAGAAAAAUCAAAACGAUACAGACAAAGAGCAAAAAGCUGUCAAUAAAAAGGUAAAGAGAUCAAAAGAAAGGAAGUCAGACAAGAAAGGAGAAACAGACAAAGAAGAAGAUAACAUCACAACAGGUCAGAAAAAGCAAAGCAAAAAUGCAGCAAAGCAAGUUAAAAAAUCAAAGAAGGCUCCCUCAAAAGAUAACGCCACAGAAACAAACGCUAAAACAGCCAACCCAAUUCAGCCUUCCUUUGGAAAAACCAAGCAAAAGUUCAACGUAAAGAAAACGAUCUCUAAUCCGAUCUGUCAAUCACCGGAACCAGCAAACACUGACACAACCAGCAAAACCCCCGACACUUCACCACAUCCCAUCGAAAAGCCAACUAACGAACAGGAGGGCAAGCUACUGCAAGAAAAGUCUGCCUCCAGCCCGCCACGAAAGGUGAAAGGGUUUAAACCACCGACGCAGAGCAACGUCACAAAACCCUUCAAGCCUGUCCACACAAAGAACGCUUCGCUGCCCUCCUCGCUCUCUCUCGACAGCGACAUCUUUACGCAGGAGAUGCCAUCUCAGACAGUAGAAGGUGCACCGUCACAGGCAGCAAAGGAGAUGCCAUCGCAGGCAGCAAAGGAGGUUGCAAACGCGAGAGUCGAAGAUGGUGGUGCAUCAGACAUGGAACUAGAGUUGGACAUAACAGGAGAGAAGGUGGCUUCAAGAGGAUUUGCUGACCUGCCCAGACCUCAAGUCACGGCUACCGGAGACGGCAACGAAUCUGAUCCAUUUGACAUGGAAGAGUGAGGGCGCCACAUGAUGCUACGAGAUAGGCACUGACGUCGGUUAGUUCGCUUUCGAUCGUUUUGAAGUAAACAGUAUCGAAAAUGUCAGUAUUAUCAGAAAUUCAGUGUUUAACCCAUUUAGUAAUUAAAGUAUUUUUGUAAUUCAGCAUUUUUUACAGUUAAAUUUGCCGAUUUCAGAUAAGAAAUAUUCUCAGGUUAAUUCAUGUUGUUGGAAUAAGUUUGUUACACAAUAUUGGGUAAAAUGUGAGCUUAGUGUUGUAUAUUCAAUUGCAUUGUUUUUUUUAUAAUGAAUUUUUGUGUGCUAACAGGAACAAUGUAUUGCAAUCAAGGCAGCCUUCCAUUAUCCAUUAACAUUAUGUCGCAUGUUAACCAUAUAAUAUUAUAUCAGAUUAUAUUUCCACAAAUUUAUAUGUUUCUAACUCCCCUUUAAAUUCCAGAUAAUAUUUCCAUUAAAUUUCUUCCUCCUGCAGCGUAUGCAAGGAUCAACAUAUUAGAGUGAUAUCCCACUUUGCACCCGAGUGGUUAUUUUUUGUAGUGUGAACUUUUUUGUAGUGUGUAAUAAACAUUUUGUUGUAAACCAGGAAAACUUUGCUUGGUAUUAGAAAGUCAGCAGCAUAUUUAACCUCUGCUAUUCUAAUUCUACGCCCAUUACAACUAC